GGUGUGCACGACACUUUCACAUGCAUCACCUCGUGCCAAAAAAUAAAGUGGCAAAAUAAAGAGUGAUAUGAAGAUACGUUACGUGCAUAUAAUGUUACUGUUAUGGGUUAGUUAGAGCUAAGGAAUCGUUUCUGUCAUACAUACUCAACAAAAGAAAAAUAUUUUAAGGAACCCAAGCUUGUCUAAAGUCAACACAGUAUACAUAUUUAGCUGAACUACCACUACCUUUUUCGGUGUUUUACACAGUUUGUAGGUAAGGAAGGUAGCCACACACCACAGUACAUAUUGCAGAACCAACCAAUCCACCCCCAACAGUAUUUUCACAAUUAGUAUUCAAAUAAGGAAUGUCUGCAUAAAGCAUCAACAAAAGGGUGUUACCAUUUUUUAUCACAAAAAUCUGAGAGAACACUACUAAGCAAAUAACUAGUAUUCAUGUCAGAUCAUCAGAGACAGAGAAUCCACCCUAUGAAUGUGGAAACAAAACCACACCCUAGGACACCAUUAGUACCUCCAGGUUCCUCUAGAUCAGAAAAGGUUAUCCAUGUGCCUCCUCCAAUACUGCAUCAACAUGCUAUGCCAGCAAUAAACUCUUCAAAGCCAAAAAUAAGCUGUUUUUGCAAGUGUAUAUGUUGGACAAUAAGCUUGUUAUUCCUUCUUCUCAUUAUCAUUGCAGCAACUGCAGGAGCCCUUUACCUCAUCUUCAAACCAAAGCUUCCCAAUUACUCAGUUGAUACACUGAGGAUAAGUGAUCUGAGACUUAACUUUGACUUGAGUCUGUAUGCAAAGUUUGAUGUGAAGAUCACAGCAACCAACCCAAACAAGAAGAUUGGUAUUUACUAUGAGAAAGGAGGGAAGUUGAGUGUAUUGUACACAAACACAAAGCUUUGUGAAGGGUCUUUACCUAAAUUCUACCAAGGUCAUCAGAACAAAACAGUGCUUAAUGUGUCGUUAACAGGUCAAGUUCAGUCUGGAAACACGUUAAUGGCGGCUUUGCAGCAGCAACAGCAGACAGGAAGAAUUCCGUUGGAUCUCAAUAUCCAUGCACCAAUUGCUAUCAAAUUUGGGAGGUUGAAGUUGAAGAAGGUGAAAGUUUUGGGUCGAUGUCAAUUGGUGGUCGAUAGCUUAUCGUCUAAUAAUCUUGUAAGCAUCAAGGCUAGCAACUGUAACUUCAAGCUGAAACUUUAAAUGUAUCAGGGGAGAGUUUGCCUUAGUUCAUGUGAUUUUUCUUAUAGUUGGACAUCGUAAACUUGAUUCUUUUAUGAAUACUAAACUGCUAUUGUAGCAGUUCCUCGCAGUAUUUUUGUAUUUGUCUUCUGUUUGUAUCAUUGUUGGUUUGGUUCACAACAUUUAUUCGACAACAUAUCGGACUGGCUUGAUUAUCAUUGUGUA